AUGGGAUUCGAUUUGUCGUCGGCGAUGCGUGAGAAGUCGGCGACGUCGACUCGAGCAGUGGUGAGCCUGAGGGUUGUUGUGGGGAGGUCGCGCGGUGCCCAGGGUCAGGCGAUGAGUGACGAGGCAGCUUGGAAGCGGUGCUCACGAUGCGAUGCCGAGGGAGGCUCGGGAAGAGAGGUGGAGGUCUCGGCGGCGUGCCAGCGUCUCGCAAGCUCAAGGGUUGGAGAGGAAGGUCGCGCGAUCCUCCUGAGCACGGCGGUGUGGCUCACGGUGCGCCGGAGGGCGAGAUCGCCGAUCGAUCGUUUCGGAGGGGAAGGGAGAACUCGAGAGAAGAAAGAGAGAGUUCGAGGGAGGCGCGGGGUUAUUACAGUAAGUCACCAUGGCUUCUCUCGAUCUUCAGUGCUUGCUGCUAUAGAUUAUGGGCAACCUCUCACAAAGUCUUUGCAUUUGUAUUAUGAGACUCAACGCUCUGGUAAGUUGCCUCCUCAACAGAGAGUUCAAUGGCGUGGCGAUUCGGCCCUUAAAGAUGGAAGUGAUGCUGGUGUUGAUCUUGCUGGAGGGUAUUAUGAUGCUGGAGACAAUGUCAAGUUUGGGUUCCCUAUGGUAUUCACGAUAACAAUGCUUUCAUGGAGCACAAUAGAGUUCGCUAACAAACUUGAGGCCAAGAAUGAGCUAUCGAACGCAUUGGACGCCAUUAAAUGGGGAACAGACUAUUUGAUCAAAGCGCACCCUGAAGCAAAUGUGCUAUAUGGCGAAGUCGGGGAUGGAGGUUCUGAUCAUGCUUGUUGGCAGAGACCAGAAGAAAUGACUACCCCACGGACUACCUUCAAGAUUGAUCAGCAGCAUCCAGGUUCUGAUCUUGCUGGUGAAACCGCUGCUGCAUUCGCCGCAGCUUCCAUUGCUUUCAAGGCUAAAGACCCUAAUUAUUCUGGCCAGCUUUUGACGCAUGCUAAGCAGCUCUUUGAGUUUGCUCGUAGUCAUACUGGUCUUUAUCAGAAUAGUAUUAAUGUAGCAGGCCAGUUCUACUCCAGCAGUGGAUAUGAGGAUGAAUUAUUGUGGGCUGCAGCAUGGCUUCAUCAUGCUACUGAUGAUAAAUCGUACCUAGAUUACCUUGGCCAGGCAGACAAUACUGGUGGUGCAAGAACCGAGUUCUCUUGGGAUGACAAGUUUGUUGGCGCACAAGUCCUGGUUGCCAAGCUUGUUUUGGAGGGGAAGAUACCAGGUAAUUCAGGACCAUGGUCACAAUACAAGAACCAGGCGGAGCAGUUCAUUUGUUCUUGCAUUCAGAAAGGAAACAACAACGUGAAGAAGACCCCUGGUGGAUUAUUUUGGUUUUUACCAUUUAACAAUCUUCAGUACACUACAACUGCCGCACUCGUUGCAACUGUUUACUCUGAAUACCUCGCCCCCAAACGCGCAUCUAUUCAAUGUAGUGGUGGCAUUGUUCAGGCUUCUGCCCUACUUGACUUGGCCCGAUCACAGGUGGACUAUAUCCUUGGUUCAAAUCCUAAUGGUAUGAGCUACAUGGUUGGGUUUGGGUCAAAGUAUCCAACUCAAGUUCAUCAUAGAGGAGCUUCCAUUGUUUCCAUCAAGAAAGAUCCUUCUCCAGUUGCAUGUCAAGCUGGCUUCGACGCUUGGUUUAACAAGAACGCCCCUAAUCCGAAUGUAUUACAUGGAGCAGUAGUUGGAGGACCCAAUGAUAGCGAUGGUUAUACGGAUUCAAGAUCUAAUUUCCAAAUGGCUGAAGCCGCGACAGUUAACACUGCACCACUAGUUGGUGUCCUAGCCAAGCUCGCCUGA